ACAGGCGCUGGUUUCCUUGUCAGAGACAGAAAAACGUGAGGCGCAGGAGCUUCGGACUGGAGAGAAGCAUCAGCAGCAGCCGCUGCAGCGACAUUCUCAGCGCUUCUCAACCUGGCACGCUCCACUCGGUGUGAGGACCUUACGGCGAUGUGGCAGAGAUCCGAUCUUCCUUCCGCCAUGGACUCUGCGUGUUCCUUCCACAACCGAACUCCGAGGCAGUAAAACGCAGGAAAUACUUAAACUCAACUUUUUUUAAAUCUUUUUUUUUUUUUUUUUUUGCGUGUGUAAAUAAAUCUACGUGCACAGUUUGGGACCAUUUUCCAGUUUGUUAACUUCACACUUUAAACCAGGAACAAUGGUGAACCCCGGAGGAAGCGUCCAGCAGCAGCAGCCACCGCCUCCGUCGAUGUCAGCCGGCUCGCUGCCCUGGAAGCGCUGCGCCGGUUGCGGCGGCAAAAUCGCCGACCGCUUCCUCCUGUACGCCAUGGACGGCUACUGGCAUAGUCGCUGCCUCAAGUGCUCGUGCUGCCAGGCGCAGCUGGGCGAGAUCGGCACGUCGUGCUACACCAAGAGCGGCAUGAUCCUCUGCCGGAACGACUACAUCAGAUUGUUUGGCAACAGCGGCGCUUGCAGUGCGUGCGGUCAGUCCAUCCCCGCCAGCGAGCUGGUCAUGAGGGCGCAAGGCAACGUCUACCAUCUCAAGUGUUUCACAUGCUCCACCUGCCGGAACCGGCUGGUCCCGGGCGACCGCUUCCACUACGUCAACGGCAGCCUGUUCUGCGAGCACGACCGACCCACAGCGCUCAUCAACGGCCAUCUGAGCUCACUGCAGACCAACCCGCUACUGCCGGACCAGAAGGUGUGUUAAACGGACGCCACGCGGGAAAGCAGGGACGUGUGCCUUCAUUUUAGCCCCCCCCUCACUCAUUUUCCCCACAGACAUUUUGUGGACCUGUUUUCUGGACUCUCACCGAACCUGGACGGGAUACUUGCACUUAAAGAGGCGGGACAACUAAACAAAAAGACUCUCCAGGAAGAGAGUGGGACCUUUUUCCUAAAUUCCAACGGCGUCGUGUUUUCUAUUGAAGCAACAUGAUAUCAUUUUGAUGUUGAUGUUGUUGCAGGAUUGUGAUUUCUUUUUUUUUUUUCACCCACUUAGUUGGUGUGUCAAAAUAUGGCCACACACACACACACACACACACACACAUUUGGUGUAUUUGUAUGUACAGCAUGCAUGUUAAUGUUGUUGUCCCACCACUCUCUUCCCUCUCGCACCUAAAAAAAAACCAAGAACUUUAUGCUCCCUGUCAGUCAUUCAGUGGUGUAGAUUCUCCCAACAUUUAAAUGCCUGACAAGAGAUGAAUUUAUUUGUGAUAUUUUCUGAGACAUUUGCUCCACUAUGGUGUAUUUAAUUAAUAAAAAAUAUGGACGGUUU